AUGGGGAGAUUCAUUCAACUCGGAGCUCUUGCUUGCUUGUACCUGGGCGUGGAGUCCAAGGCGCUGAGAUGGCAGGACGAUACCCCAAGCUGGUCUCCACCCAGGCAGACCAUUGCUGCGAUGAACAUGGAGGAGCUCGGCUUCAGUCCGAAGCCCACUGCGGCGCCUGAGCCCGGCAAUGUCGACCUGAAGCUGGCCAAGCGUGUAAGAGGCGACGACACCUGUGGUUACAUCUCUGGAGAAGCUACCAACUCCAUCUACUGCGGUACUGGAUCCUGUGUCAUCAACAGCUUCUAUUCUGUUGUUGGUUGCUGUAGCUCUUCCUCAGUCACAGACUGCACCACAAUUGCUACGAGCUGUCUCCCAUCAAGGUCGGCUAGUCGCGCCAGCAGUGGUGAUACUCGUAUGCAGCUCUGCACUGCCUCGGAAAGACCCGAGUGUGCCACUUACAUCUACUCGGGCUCGCUCUUCAACCGUUAUACCCUUUAUGCAUGCGCUGCCACCGAGGAAGUGAUUGUUGUCUACGCAAACCCUACAGAUUCUUCCGUCACCCAAGAGUCGACGACAGCACCGUCAACAACCUCCCUCCGCAACAUUGCAUCAACCACUGCUACGUCUGCAGCGACUACUAGCACGUCUAGCGGUGGUGGUGGCAGCGGCGGCGGCUCGUCCACUCCCGUUGGCGCUAUCGUGGGCGGCGUCGUCGGAGGCGUAGCGGCUAUCGCACUCAUCGUAUUCGGCAUCAUCUUCCUCCUCCGCAAGAAGAAGAAGGACACCAACAACGUCAACAACAACCAGGCCGCCCACCAGUCUUAUGUCGGACCCCCGCCACCCAACCAGGGACAGCCGCAGAUGUACCAGCAGCCUGGUCCCCCAGCGCAGCAGCCGUCGCCCCAAGGAUACCCUCCUCAGCAACAGCAGGGACACUACCCGCAGGGCUUCACACCUGUGGACAACAACAAUAACAGACAGAGCAUGAUGAAGCAGCACUACGACGUCACCACGGGAUCCUACGACCAGAGCAACAACGGCGUCAGCCCGCCCGCCAGCCCGCCACCCAUGAGCCCCUCGCCCACUUACCAGUCCGGUGUGCCGCAGUACGUGCCGUCUCAGAACAGCGUCAGCCCGACGCAGGGAACGUAUCCUCCCCAGCAGCAGCAGCCGCCGCAACAGCAAGGGGGCUACUACAACGCACCACCUCCCGCUCAAGGACAGCCACCUGCACCACAGCAGCACCAGCACCAACAUCCGGGCUUCGCGUCUGAGUUGCCUGCUCACAGGGGCGACAAUGAGCUGCGUGAGUUGGCUUGA